AUGUUUAUCCCGCUUCCUCCUGCGAUUCCCCCUCUAGCUGGUUCCCCGGUCGCUGCUUUGCAGCAUCCGAACAAUCAUCUGCGAAAGCUUGGCGCCGCCUACAACCCAGAGCUUCCCAUCAGCGCUGCCUUUAGACUUAUUAGUCUGCAGCGAGGCUGGAAGCCAGGAUCUAAGACCUGGAAAAGGAACUGGAAUGCCUGCAUGAAUGACGAAUAUGAUCGCCUGAUUGGCUACCGUGUAGCCAACCUGGCAACAUGGCAGGAGCUGUGUGACAAGAUUGGCAUCAACGAUUCAUUCACUUCCAUCAAACAGUGCAAGAAGGCUCUGGUGCGUGUGCACGUCAACCUUGUUGAUCUUCUUGAUCUUUGGGACGCGGAUCACACCCCAACUCGAUUCAAAAACAAAACGGCCCUUGCAACAUACACCGAGACACACAACAAGUUCUUCAGUCGUCAUACCGCCAAACAGGACAAGGUCCUCCGAGUCCUUCUGCGAAAGCUUCUCUAA